AGUGGCGGCGGCGGCGGCGGCGCGGGCCGAGAGGCUCGCGGAUUGGUUGCGGCGGGCGGAGACGUCAGGCUCCCGCGGCCCGAGAGGCCGCCGGGCUCGCGCGGCGCAGUAGGCUCGAGUGCUCACCGCAGCGAGGAGGUGUCCUCUGCUGUCCCGCUUUCCGCCGCCGUCGCCGGGCUCUGCCGCUUGAGCCGGGACGCGCCUCCGCGCUCCUCGCCGCCUCCACCGCCGCGGCCGCCGCUCCCCUCGCCGUCUGCACACACACCAUGACGAAGAAAGAGAAGAAGUCCUUCAACCAGAGCCUAGCCGAGUGGAAGCUCUUCAUCUACAACCCGACCACCGGAGAGUUCCUGGGGCGCACCGCCAAGAGCUGGGGUUUGAUCUUGCUCUUCUACCUAGUCUUUUAUGGGUUCCUGGCUGCACUCUUCUCAUUCACAAUGUGGGCUAUGCUUCAGACUCUGAACGAUGAAGUUCCAAAAUACCGUGACCAGAUUCCUAGUCCAGGCUUUCGUCAGGUUGGAACAUGGCAUGAUACAAAAAUGGUCACUGAUGAACUGACCUAUACCAAAAGGUAUAUGCAGUCAAACCCUUGGGGGAAAUUGGUGAAGGCCUCGGAAUAUUUCUUGCAAAAUGAUCUUUAUGAUUGUGUCACCAAAGGCAAAAAGGAAGUGAUGAAUGUCGUGAGGUGGCCUUUUUCUGGUACCAGUUGUAUCCACACACCAGUAGUUCUUAUUGAGUGUCAUCCAAAGGAUGAUGUGUUCCUGGUUGUGUUUAAGAACUGUUUCUGGCUGAUCUGUGUACACAUGUAUGUUUCCUUUUUAGCAUACAAUUUAGAAGAACAGAAGAAUCUCACAGCCUGUCCUGAUGGAGCACUUUUUGAACAGAAGGGUCCAGUUUAUGGUGCAUGUCAGUUUCCUCUUGCCUUACUUCAAGCAUGCAGUGGUGUGGAUGAUCCAGCGUUUGGCUACUCCAGAGGACAUCCUUGUGUUCUUGUGAAAAUGAACAGAAUAAUUGGAUUAAAACCUCAAGGAGAACCAAGGAUAGAAUGUACUUCAAAGACUGAAAACACAGCAGCUCUAUCAACUUAUCCUCCCAAUGGACUUAUAGAUUUAAAAUAUUUUCCAUAUUAUGGGAAAAAACUGCAUGUGAGUUAUCUGCAGCCAUUAGUUGCUGUCCAGGUCUCCUUUAAUGCCACCAGCAGUACCGUAAAUGAAGUAACAGUCGAGUGCAAGAUUGAUGGAUCACCCAACCUAAAAAACGAGGAUGAUCGUGACAAGUUUUUAGGACGAGUUGUGUUCAAAGUCACAGCACGCGCAUAGUAGGAAUUAGGGAAUCUCCACAGAGUAAAUGUUGUGUUGUCUGUCUUCAUUUUGUAUCAGCUGGACCUGCCAUUCUAGAAUCAUGAGACCACCUUGGAGAAAGGUGGGGUGGUGGUACAUGACACUGGGGUAACAUGCUAAUGUGCUUCCAGACCGUAGUGUUCAGUGUCCUCUCACGUAACUGCCUGAUGCCUCUGCUGCCUUUUGAACCACGUACAGUUGCCAGAUGGGGGCCGUGAGCACCAACUCCGAACACGUGGGAUGGGGGUCUGGUCUGAUUUUUAUGUGGUUUAAUUGCCGAGUGUCUAAAGCUUAAUGUGCUGUGCUAUGUAAAUAUUUUAUAGAUUUAACACUGGUUAACUGUCAUUUUUUGAUGCCAGCCACGUUUUAGGGAUAAAAUGGUACCUGAACAUCAUCACGUGACUCUAGCUGCAAGAAAUGUGGUGUGGGGAGAAGUUCUGUAUGGGAGGAGGAAAAACAAAAUAAAAGUGGAUUUGAAAGGUUGACUUGAUGUUUUGUAAAAUUAUUUUUUACAUGCUGAAUUAGUCUGUGGAUCUUUUUUGAUUAAGAGCACAAACUUUAUGUUGUAAACCAUGUAAAAAAUAUAUAUACCGAUGGGAUUAUUUUUAGUGCUGGAACUAAAUCUCUCAUAAUAAAGUAUUUUAGACCAUAGAUGAAACAGCAUUUUUAAGUUAGCCACGAUGAAUAUGCACCUAAUUUUUUAUGAAAUUAAAUUCAUAUGAUUUAAAUUGUAUAAUAGUUUGUGAAAUAUCUUGUUACUGCUUUUAUUUAGCAGACUGUGGACUCUAAUAAAAAUAUCAGUUGUAAAAUAUAAAAACUUGGAACUUA